AUGAAAUUUGCUGAGCACCUCCGAGAGUCUGUAGUUCCUGAAUGGAGCGAUAAGUAUGUUAACUAUAAACUCGGUAAGAAAAAGAUUAAGCAGUUCCAAAAAUUGAAAAAGGUUCAAGAUGUUGGAUCCAUGGAUCGUACUAUUGUUCGUGAAUUCAUUGAUGAUUGGCUUGUGCGAGAUCAGUUGAAGAACUGCGAUGAGUUUUAUGAAUGGCAACUCUCUAAAUACAGAGCUAAAUAUCAUAAAUUGCAGAGGCAGAUCCAUUUGUAUGUGCUGGAAGCAGAUAAGCGUAGUAGAUUAGAUUCGCUGGACGAGUACCGUAUCGCCAGUUUGUCGAGAGCCCCAGAUUCGUAUGGAUCGAUAUUCCCAAAUUUUAGUCCGAUAGCCUUGAAGGAUACCGUCAAAAAAAAAAUCUGGUACGAUCUCAAGCGGUGGUUAGUGACCCACAACUUAUGUCCAUCUAUGCCCGUUUCUUGGAAGAAUAGAGACCCUCUUUUAGCUAAAAAGGACCGUAAACGAGCUUCAAGGGGCCAGGAAACUUUUCAAACCGAAACCUCUCCUCUCUCUUUAUCUCAGAUUAGGCAGCAGCUCUCUGACGCGAUUCUCGAUUUCUACUUAUACCUCCAAUUGCUUAAAAACUAUAGAGAUUUGAACGUUAAUGGAUUUCGGAAAAUUGUUAAGAAGUUCGAUAAAGUUCUCCAUCAAGAUCAAUUGAAGACUUUCAUGCCAUAUGCUAAAAAAUACUCCAUUAUGUUCAGCCAAUACGAUGAGUAUUUGAAACUCAUCAAGGAUAAUGUUGAGCAUGCAGAGGUUAUUAAUGUUAACUUGUUCCUUGGCAGUGAUAACGAUGUUGACCGUUUGAAAAAGGAUCCUUUGACUUUCUGGGAACAAACUGCAAUUAAAUGGUAUACCAUGACCUUAACUUCCUCUUCAAAAGAUAAAAAACAUAACUUAGAGCGGAUCAAGAAUUUAUCUUUACAGUACUCUGUUAAUGAACAAACCAUCCACAGAAAUAACGCAUCUAUGUUUCAGAUGUUCCUUGGAAGUGCUCAACUUGGUAUUUCUGUAACAUUAGUCAUAUUGAUGACCAUCAUAUUGGCUAAGAAUUCCUCUGAUGAAGUGAGAUCAGCAUUGUUACCCAUAUGGUCGAGUUUCCACUAUCUCACAUUUAUGGGAUUGCUAUUCAUCAUAGAUUGUUUUAUUUGGUAUAAAGUUAAAAUCAACUAUAGGUUCAUUAUGUUUGGUGAGAUUCAUUCACGAAACGGACCGGUGUUAUUCAACAAUGAUUUUGGGAUGACACACAUUCCUCUUCAAUUUUUCCAUGCAACAACAUUCCUGUGCAUAUGUUCAAUAUUAGCAUUUUGUAGUUUGAUGCUCGAAAAGCUAGAGCCGUGGAUGAUCACGUGGCUGUGCAUCGCUGUUGCUCUAUUCUUUUGGAAGUUUCAAGUAAUACAACCAUGGCCAUAUUGGUAUGAAACUUUCCAAUCAAGAAAGUAUAUUUUCACGUCAUUUAUCCGUUUGGUAUUUUCGGGAUUCUUCCCGGUUCAGUUCGGUGAUUUCUUCUUAGGUGAUAUUGUAUGUUCACUGACAUAUUCCAUGUCACAAUUUGCGACUUUAGGGUGUUUAACUUUUAAUGACUCCAAAGAGGAUAAGUGUCGUUAUGAAAAAUUGAUGUGGAUCGGAAUAUUGUCAUGUUUGCCUAGUUAUUGGAGAUUUGUUCAAUGUGUGAGAAGAUACUUUGAUAGCUAUGAUUGGUUCCCUCACCUCUUAAACGCUUUCAAGUAUUUAUUAGGUAUCUCCUUCAAUGCGUCGUUAUACUGGUAUAAAAGUUGGCCUCAAAUGCAGAAAUUCAAAGUUCUAUUAAUCGUCUUUGGAUGUUUGAACUCGACUUUGACGAGUAUAUGGGAUUUAAUUAUGGAUUGGUCGUUACUGCAAACGAAAUCUAAGAACUUUUUAUUAAGGGACGACUUGUACUUAUGUGGCAAAAAGAAUUGGAAAUCUGGAAAAUAUAGCAGCAAAAAGAAGUGCAUAUACUAUUUCAUCAUGGUCUUUGAUGUGGUUGUCAGAUACGAAUGGGUCUUUUACAUGGUCAAAAACAAUACAGAUUAUGUGCGCCACCCUUUGAUUGCGUUAGCAAUGGCCACUUUGGAGAUUCUAAGGCGAUUUGUAUGGGUUAUAUUACGUGUUGAAAACGAGCACGUUGCAAAUGUACAUCUAUUCAAAGUCACUGAUGAUAACUGGCAACUACCAUUCCCUACAAUUGAGGAUAGUGAAUUACAUAUGGAAGAAGAUUACAGUGCAGCAGCUGAAAACAUGGACAACAUCGCCAUGUUGUCAGUUAUGAAGUCGGACCUAGAAUCACAACAACAGCGGCCAAGGUCGACAAGUGCUGUUCCUAAGCUCAAUAGAAAAGCUUCUGUAUUUGAAAUCAUUCCUUGGGCACAUGCCACAGAUUUCCAAAGACCUAUAGAAACUGCUAGCGUCAACUCUGCUGCCAUCAGCGACAGUGAAUCUGAAGCAGAGAGCGAAGUUUAG